GUUGGCGACGGGAACAGCGAAAAUGGCCUCAACCCUGCCUGUGUGUAUGAAUAUUUGGAGAAGAUGACGACGAUGAGCCCAAUAACUUAUUUGAACACCAAAGUGUCUUCAGUAAACACCUAAAUAUUGCUUAGAGUGACUAACAUAUCGUGACCACCAGUGAAAAAGAGGAAACAAAAGACCACACAGCAGCGGCAUUUUUAUUUUGCGUUGCUGGUGGUGGCGCUAACCAACGUUAGCUAUGGAGGAUAUCAACUCAAACAUCAACGCGGACUUAGAAGUGCGGAAACUACAGGACUUGGUAAAGAAACUCGAACAACAAAACGAGCAGCUCCGUAGUCGGUCUUCGUCUGGAGCAGUGUCAGGGAACCAUAGACCCCAUAGUGCAGGAUACGACUCUCGCUUAUCAGCCGCCUCAGCGGCGGGGCUGGCCGGCUUCCCUGGGGUGGGGUUCGGCGGAACUGGCUAUGGAGGGCUUUUGGAAAACUCCCGUUGUUUGAGUCCCAGACUGUCAUAUGAUGGCAUCAGUUUCAGGAGAGCAUAUGAGGGCGAGGGGGCAUCGGCUGCCACCUCUUUCACUGGCACGAAUUCCUAUUUUACUGACGCAGGGGAAACACUGGGUUUUAUGGAUGAAGGGGAAACUUCUAUAUUGGAUGAAGUAGAAAUCCUCGAUCUCGAAGACAUGGAUUGUCUUAACGAAGAUCAAGACAGCUGGCUGUAUGAGGCAAAGCUCAACAGCCCACUGCAGAAAGCCUUGAGUCCCAUUGUGUGGUGUCGCCAGGCUCUGGACAAUCCCAGUCCUGACAUGGAGUCAGCCAAGCGCUCCCUCAUCCACAGACUGGACGUCACCAUGUCAGCAAACAAGCGUAGGAGCCUGUAUGGAUGUUCCUACAGUCCCCAGGUGAACUACGGAAGCCCAUACUGCACAAACACAGCUAACAGCCCCUACAGCAGUGGCUUCAACUCCCCCUCAUCCACCCCCAGCAGGGUGCCCAUCGUCAGACAGCAGCUGAUGCCCCCUGUCAACCAGGCUCACCAGCAGCAGCGUGGUGGCUCAGUAGAGAGAGAAAGGAACCCCCCAGCGGUCAGCCCUCAGUCUUCAAUAGACAGUGAGCUGAGCACCUCGGAGAUGGACGAGGACUCUGUAGGAUCCUCCACCACAUACAAGCUCAACGACGUCACUGAUGUACAGAUCCUGGCUCGCAUGCAGGAGGAGAGUCUUCGGCAGGACUAUGCUGCCACAGCGUCCAGACGGAGCUCUGGUUCGUCCUGCCACUCUCUGAGACGCAGCACCUUCAGUGACCAGGAACUGGACGCCCACAGUCUAGAGGACGAUGAGGAGGCUGUACACCCCGCCUUCCACAUCCCCUCAAACCGCUUUUCCCCCUCCCCCAGACACUCUCCUCAUGCCUCCCCCAGAAACUCUCCCCGCUCCCGUUCCCCUGCACGCUCCCUGGAGUACAGCCACCCCCACAGCCGAGGCUCCCCGCAGCCAAUCAUCAGCCGGCUGCAGGCACCACGUCACUCCCUGCAAAGCCACACCCCCCAAGACCUGCAGACCAACGUGGUGAAGAACGAAGAAAAGCUGAGGCGGAGUCUUCCUAACCUGACCCGCUCCAACGUGGCACAGCAGGGUCCAGAGCCCGUCAAGAACAGCAGGAGCUUUGAGUCCAACCUGCAAGUGCCAAACGGAGGCUCACCCAGACACCAGGCAGUCAGUCAGUCUGCCAUAGCCCAGCACUCCUCCACUCCACUCCACUCCCGGUACUCGACUCCCCCUCGCUCCUCCCAAACAGGAAUUCCCCCUCGAUCCUUACAGUCCCCGAAACCCAAACAGCACCUCCAAAGCCCUUCUUCUCUGCGAGUCCAUCUUUCCUGUUGCUUUGGAGAAGAAGGUGAUUUCAUCCCUUCUCCCAGUAAGCUGCGAACCCCGGCCACCCCGUCUCCCCUGGCCCUGAGGCAACCUGUGAAGGCCACGUCUACCCCUGGCUCUGGAGCCUCCACCCCCACACGCUCCCUGGGCCCAGCACGCAGCGGCCUGCCCCGGCCCAGUGCAGGAGGGGGGGGGGGAGGCAGCAUCCCCGUGCCUCGCAGCAAACUGGCCCAGCCAGUACGCAGGUCUCUACCUGCCCCUCGAACCUACAAUGGUGGACGGGAAGGAGAUAACUGGAGGGAGGGUUGCUACUGAGGCUGGCCUGGUCAGCAGGGGGCACUGUGUGGCCCUCUGAUCAGCACAGAGGCAGACCAACAUUACAAUGCGGCACUUUAUCAACCAAGAUUACUUUUACCAUGAAUUAAGGAAUAAACUAUAACAAAGACAAAGUCAAAUUCGUCUUUCGUCUUACUAUCAUGAGGAACAUGAUCUGAACAGCUGAAGCAGCAUGGCGUGUGUCUGUGUGGAGAGGAUCUGAAGGGGCCAGGCAGGGCUGGGAAGCAGAAGCCUAGAGAGAAUGCCAAAGAAACCAGCUGAGCUCCAGCAUCCCGGUGUCACCAGAGGGCACUCUCAUCUGCCUCAGUGUGUCUGUUCAGCAAUCAGUCAAUAAGUCUUCACAAAAUGCUUCUCUCCAUCUAUUUUUUCACCUCCCUCAGGUUGAAGUGUUUGUACAAAUUUCUCUUUUUGCAGUCUGUUCUCAACAGAUGCCUUUGUCAGAGAUCUCUAUGACGAUGCUGUGCAGGCAAAAUGUUCCCUUAAAUGUUAAAGAAUUGUGAACAUUUUACGAAGUUUUGUCAAAUCAUAGUUUUUUCCUCUUGUGAAUGAACUAGAAUGUAUUGAAAUGUUUGACAUUAUUUAUUCAAAUCAUUAUUUAAAGAGUUCAUUUUCCAAAUAUCCAUAUUCAGUAUUUGUUUUCUAUUGAUUUGAAUAUAUAAAAAAAAUAUAUAAAAAAAUAUAAACCUCUACUGCAAAGCUAAUUCUCCAAAGUAUUUUUUAGAUGGUUUCAUAACAGGACAUUUGAGUGUUGAUGUUUUUAUGUUGAUAACACGGGUGACUGGUAGAAACAGGCCAAAGCCCCAUCCCAGACCUAAUCAUAACUAUGGUUUUAACCUGUAUCGACUAUCACAUCUGUUUCAGGGCUGGCUAGUGAUGUUGAGCUGCGCCAGUCAAUGGCAGUAGUCACAAUCUCAAUCCAGAUCUACUUCUGGUUUGGUUAGUUAAUUCUAUUGCUUUCCACCAUUAGAUUAAUAUGCCAUUGCAACAUCCAGACAAUAUAGUCAGAGAUAUGUAAUCCCAGUAAAAUAUAUAAAAUCCAACCCUUGUAGCCAUGAGACCUGAGCAUGCAGCAAAGGCUUGAUGUAGCUCAUUUAAAACCUGCAACAAUAUUGUCAGUGUAUGUUAUGUCAAGAUGGAAUAAAUGAUCCUAAUAUCUUAAAAUUAUAAUGGAAAAGUUCAAUAGGUUAGUGGCCAUUGCCACUUGUGCUUUAAAAUAAAUCAGGAGUGCUGAGAUUCAUAGGGAUGGUAUUAGUGUGCCAGAAAUUAAUGAACUAGUGCCUAUUACUUUCAAGUUUAACUUUAUUUUGAAUGUGCUUUUUAUCUGUUCAUUUAUCCUCACGUGCCAGUGUCAUGGUUUGCCAAUAUCAUUUGUCUUUGUAUUUCUGCUUGAUUUUGUUUGGGCUAAUAUACUUUUAAUUUUGUUAUUGUAUCAACAAUACAUUUAUACUUGCUUUUGGAAAAAGUAUAUGCGCCUUGAUAUUUAUAACUAAUUACUCUCAUUCUUUAAAUGAAACUAUUUAAGAGCGAGGUGCCUCUGUAUGUCAAGGUUUGGAUUUAGUGGAACGCUUGGGCUAUUUUUGCGAAUACAUCCCACACCAUUUUGUGUGAUUUGUUUUUUCAUAAUGAUUUUUUUUAAUCCACCUACAUGACAUUCAGUUUCCCUGUGUAAACUCACAUUUCAAGUAAAAAAAAGUUGAACUGUUCUUGUCUAUUGUGUCAUGACGAAUAGGGCCAUUUCAUUCAAACUCUUGUCAAUUCAGGGCAUUCAUUGAAAUGCAAUCCAUAAAAAGAAAGACUGGAGCUUUACUGGCAACGUUCCAGGUCAUCCAUAGUGUUUCAGUUCAUUUCCUGCUCCUGGCGGAUCCUGCAUUGAUGUACCAUAUCAAUAUAUGCGUAAAAGAUGCUGCUUUCUCAUUGAUGUGUGAUUUAUCAGCUGUUGUGGCAACAAAUAAUCCAUUAUCCCCCCUCAAGGCAUCUCGUUGUUUUACCGAUCCAUUAGGCUUGGGGGAAAAGUGCUCCUGUCUGGGUUUUAGGGAUUGAUUUGGCCAGGAAAGAUGGUCUUCUCCAACCUGGAAAGCUGUCAUUUAGGGCCCGAUUCAGAUGUACGCCUUUCUUAAGCAUGUCUCAGUAGUUGGUAUUCAGACUUAGCUUAUGCAUGUGCUUUGCAGGUGUGGUUCCCUUGGAGUUUACCAUGUCUGGAAAUUAAUUAACCAUUUUCUGUAUUCGGAGUUCACUCAAACAUUUUAAGCGUUGUUUUACUAUUGACAGUUACAGCUGAUUUCAGGAUUGUAUCUCAAUUUGCUCUCCUUAAAGAUGUGAUUUAUUUCAAUCUCUGAAUUGUUUAAUCAAACUUUUCACUGCCAGGGCAUAAAAACUACAAUCCAUCUCCUGAAAUAGUCUAGUUGGGCGAGCAUGCGCACUAGGCUCGAGCUUUUUCCCUGGCUCAACUAGCUGGCAAGCUGGAGUAUGCUAAUUUUCAUCCUCCUCACCACUCUAUUCAAUUUUUUUUGCUUACAAAGCUUGUUACACACCUUGCAUAAGGUAUGUCUGAAUACCAAGUACUGAGAAGUGCAUAAGAAACACAUACAUUACCUAAGUCUGAAUCGGGGUCUAAAUGAUAGCUUUCCCAGUUGGAGAGGACAAUCACAGACAGAAGGGAUAACCCAGUCAUGUCACAUGGGCUAUAAAGCUGAAGCAUCCAUUAGAACGUUCUGACCUCCAAAUAUGGUAGUGAGAGGGUGGAACUAGGUGAAACUGGGCCAACAUUCUGCCAAUUUUCUCAUCGAUGAAACAUUGAUCUCAAAUGUUUCUGUUCCCAAAUCUGGAAUGUUACGAACACAGGGCUCAGUGCUAGAGGUGUCAUUACAGACCCUGGUUUGAUUCCAGGCUGCGUCACAUCCGGCCGUGAUUGGGAGUCCCAUAGGGCGGCGUACACCGUCGUCCGGGGUAGGCCGUCAUUGUAAAUAAUAAUUUGUUCUUCACUGACUUGCCUAGUUAAAUUAAUAAAAUAAAAUGCACUAGGUUUUAUAGA